GUGAGAUAAAGUUAGAUAGAAAUGGACAUUAUGUGAUUAGAUUUAAAGUAUAAAUCAUAAAAAUAAUGGCAAACUGUAAAGGAAAAAACUGUAAAUCAGCAGAAUAUCGAGAUGGGCUUUCAGCUGACGUAAAACAACGACAUGAAGCCAAAUUAUCAAUUGUUGGUGGACUUGAUCCGUACGAGGGGAAGUUGGCUUGGUCAGAUAAUGUGAACAUAUUACCGGCAAUUACUUAUCCUGAUAUUGUGAAUUACUUACUUUUCACUCCAAGUGCUUAUAGUGCCGAUGAUCUCAAAGCUUAUAAGUCUCUUGAUGCUAAUAAUCAAUUUGUAUCUGGAUGGGUCAGAGAAAAGUCUGGGAUAGUUCAUGGGCAGUAUGUGGUUGUUACAGCAAAAGUUCUUCACUCCCAAAGAAUGAGGGAAAAGCCAUUGAGACCCUGGGUCAUUGUUGAGAAAGAUGGGAAGAUAGUUGCUGCACACUGUAACUGUAUGGCGGGUCUUGGAGAGGCUUGCACCCAUGUUGCUGCUCUCCUUUUUUCCAUAGAGGCCACUGUAAAAAAAAGAGACUCUAAAACAGUAACUCAGGAAAAGGCAUACUGGCUGUUACCAUCUGACAGUAAAACAAUUUCUUACAAGGAAGUUAAUGAGAUCAACUUUGUAUCUGCAAGAACUGCCAAAAAAAGCUAGAUAAACAGUUAGACUCAGUGUCAUCACCAGCUAUUAGUGAGACACCCUCAGUUAGAAAAACCAAAAGUGUCCCAGAAGCUUCAUUUUCUGAUUUUAUGGCAUUUGCCGAGAAAUUAAGCAAACUUGAUUCAAAACCUGCCAUACUGUCGCUUAUUGAACCUUACUCCGACAAAUAUGUGCCAAAAUUUGAUGUUACUGACUUUCCUAGUGUACUAACAGAUUUGAAAAAUGACAAACUUAUUGGUGCUAGUUUGAAGGAAAUUUUAGAAGAAUGCUCUUCAAUUCAAGUACAUUGUAGCAAGCAACAAGCAGAAA